UCCAUGUCACCGAAUGUCUGCAGAUCUGCUAUGGUUUUCUGCAUGAGUGAACCGCCGUUUAUUAUGCCGUUCACGGCGGAGAAUGUGGUUCCCCAUGAUAUGCCUGCUGUGGUCAAAGGGACGGCCAGAGAUGAGAUCAGAAUUAUCGUCCAUUCGGUCGGCAUCGUUGUAACAAGGAAGAGUCGAAUUAUCCAAUCAUCACACUUAGCCAACGGAUUUUAACCUUCGGUUGUACAACUAUUAGCCAACAAUAUCCCCAGCAAACUAUGUCGGAUCAAGUCCUAAAUUCAUUAAAAGAAAAACAUCCACCCGCUCCUACAGACCUCAAUUUUCCUUCACCGCCCCCGGCUGGAUACCCUCAGGGCCUCAAGAAUUCUUAACAGAGGAAGUACAUGCUGUCAUGAAAUCUUUCCCCGCUGGCUCUGCUGCUGGGCCAGACGGAUUGAGAGCUCAGCACUUGAAGGAAUUGAUUGUAGUGCCUGGCGAAUGCGGCGAAUCGCUCUUAAUGCAUGUUCCCGCCAGGAACUAUGUAAAUCACAUUCAGCCACCGGAAUCGCCCAAUCCGGUUACCCAGGCUGCGCCUCUUCCGGUGGGAAGUAGCAGUCGAUUGGGGCCAUUCCACCGUAUGCACGCCGCUAGUCUGUCGCAUCCUGAGUCGCUUCCGCCGCCGGUCCGCAUGCCUCUUCCAUGGUCGGGAGGGAUUGAGCCCACUGCCCAACACGCCAACAUGCCGGUGAUUUAUUUCUCUCCGCCAGCUGGUCCUUCCAAUUCGAAUGGUGCAUUUGACACUGGUAAUCAUGCGGAAUUGAUGCCGGGCUUCAUGCAGAUGGGUAUGCCCAUGCCGCCCUUUCAACAAACAGUUUUCACCUUUCGUCGUCUUCUGUGCCUGAUGCGUCGCUUCCGGGGAUGCGGAUCACGGAUUCCGGACGGGCUACGUAUCAACAGUUGGCGUAAACCAAAGUUGACUUAUUUGAUACAAAUUCGGUUCCUUUUUGCACUACUUUUCUGUGGUUUUUUAUGCGUUCUGUUUUUCCACGUGAAUACGCGGUUUUGUUGUUGUUAAGUUUGUACGUUGGAAUCGCAUGCCUUUGAAAUUUGAAGUACUGUACUAAGUGUACUUAUUGUUGCGACCAAGUGCGAUU